AGUUCUUUAUCAAUCGCUGCUGUAAUAGUUUCGAAGCAGAACAAGUGGAAACAUGAUGAAGGUUUUAGUUGUUGUUUGUGCUUUAUUCAGUUUAUCUUUGGGAUUUCCUGAUAAGCUCCCGCCUUAUCCAGCAAAAGGAUGGAAGCCGCAGGGUGCACGUCUCGAACUUCCCAAGCAAAAAUAUGGAACACCACGAGAAGAACGUAAAGACGCUGAUGGUGUUGAAAGUACAACAUUAAGCAAUGAUUAUCUUCCACCCACAACACCGACUCAGGAUGAAACUGAUAUGUUAAAAGUGCAAGGAUUGCCAUCAGCCGAUGCUUCAUCUCAAUUUCAACCAGAUCGGAAAUCAAACAUUCAAGCACGUCCAAUACUUGCAAGAAUUCAAACUCCAGUUUUUGUCGGUCAUCCAUUCUUGUUAUCUCCCAUGUUUGCACCACAAUUUGCUCCAUCAAGUGCGCAAUUGAAAGAAAUAAGUUUUGAAAGAGUUGAAGAACCCUCGGAUGAAAAUAAACCAAAGGACGAUGUUCAACAACUGCCUGUUCAAUCGGAAAAUGUUCAACCGCAUAGAGCUUAUGGCCCACCAGUAUCAACAAAUAACAUUCCACCAGAAAACAACAACAACAACGCACCUGAACCUUCCCAAGAAGAAGAUGAAGAGAAGAAACCUCAAGAACCCCAAGAUGAUGAUGACGAUGAUGACGAAGAAGAAGAUGAUGAAGAUGAAGAUGAAAAUGAUGAAAUUUUAGAUGACGGCGAUGAUGAAGAAGGAACCGUCAUUGCCAUAUCUAAUGCACAAGCCAAUGCAAACUAUGUUGAUGAAAAGCAACAAGGGCAAGUCGGUCAGUAUUACAUUUUGUUGCCGGACAACUCACUGCAAAAAGUGCGUUUCGCCACGCAACAAACGGAAGAAGACCGUCAAAUUAAUGGAUUUUCCGCACAAUUAAGAUAUUCGCCUGUUGAAGCCAUUAGAGAUCCUGUCUAUGGCUAUGAUGAACAAGGCAAGCUUGUAAGACUUUAUAAGUAAAAAAGACUACACGAAAUCCAUUAGAAAAUCACGCAUCAACUUCUAAUCUUACAGCUUCUUGAAAAUAAUAUAAAUUUGACCGCUGUUCGCAUAAUGUUCAAAUAAAAGAGAGGAAAUAAAAUGUAUCUGAGUUUCAAGGCCUUUCCAUUUCACAAUUAAACUUGUACAAAUUGACGUCAAUACAUUAUCAUCUGUUUAAUAGUUUUAAGAAUGCUCUUUUUUCGUCGCUUCAAACCCUUUACCUUACAAAAACACUUACAUGUUCUUUCAUGAUGACCUCGAUAAUCGGAUACACCUUGAGCCAUCAGCUUAUCAAAAUUCCACUGUAUACGAGAUAAUGAGGAGUACUUUCGCAGUGUCGUUUCAAAUUUGUAAAAAAAUAAGUUUUUUCAGAGUUUUCUAAAAUUGAAUAAAUUUUUAUCGACUU